AUGUGCCUUCUUUCCAGUUCAGUUGCUUUCGAGAAAUUGACACUAGUGUAUUGCCAUGAGUUGAUUUUCCUGGAGAUACCUAGCCUGCUGCAGCGGCUUAGCCACCUGGUUGUCCACGACUGCUUAAAUCUGGAAGUGAUAAAGAAUAAGGCCCCUUAUCUCUACAGUUUUGAAUAUAGUGGUGCCCUGGUACGACUAUCACUUGGUGUUUCAUUGCAAAACCUUGACAUUGAUGCUUCAGGGUGGGACGUUAUUCAUUAUGCUGGUGCCAAACUUCCAUGCAUGGUGCCAAAUCUUGAAGCUCUUAACAUACAUUCGUCUUAUGUGAGGGAUAUACUGGUGGUACCUGGCAAAUUCCUCCACCUCCAGCAUCUGUGUAUUGGGGCAUUUACCCCAGACUAUGAUUAUCUCUCUCUGGUUUCUUUUCUUGAUGCUUGUCCUUCCUUGGAGACUUUCAUAUUGUCUGCAGAGCCGGAUUGCAUGGAGCAAGAAUCAGGUUUAGGAUAUUCUUUUCAUGAUCUAAGGAAGAUGCCAGGACACAUGCAUAGGAACAUCAAGGAUGUGCAGAUCAUUGGUUUUUGUUCUGCGAAGAGCAUGGUUGAGCUGACAUGCCAUAUUCUUGAGAAUUCAAAGCUGCUUAAGUGCCUUAAACUGAGCACCUGUUACAAUGGGAUGCUCGUGGAGCAGGGCAAGGCCGUGUCAGCUGGGAAUAUCAGGUGA